UCACAGAAAAAUAAUUCAAGAUGAAAUUCUUUAUUAUGCUUGCCGUCAUUGUGGCUGUUGCCCUCGCUCGCCCAGGCACAAGCACCUGGACUCUGCAGGAGCUUACUGAUGCUUUACAGAACCCUAACGUCAAUCCCGCAGUUGUGCCCUUCUUGGAACAUGCUCUAAAUGAAUUAAUGAGUGCUCUUCACAAUGGACACGAAUUUGAAAGCAUCCACGUACCCCUGCCAGCUGACAUCGCUAUCAUAGCCGAGCCUGUCAUUCCUUCCCCCGUCGACUUUCCUGCUGUAUCAAGCCCUCUCGUGCAGCUCAUCAUCAACGUGAAGAGUCCACAGCAGGUGACUGAUGUCGGUACCGCUCCCCCGGCUAACGUUCCCGGACCAGACUUCAACCCUAUCGACGUCAUCGCCGUCAACCCCAUCGAAGUUAUAGUGAUAAAAUGGCUACGCAGCUCGCAUGAUUGCUUGGCAUCUCAGUUCCAGUCAGCUCUAGAGUCUGGGUCGCUACCACAGUUCCUUACCACCGGAGUCACCCACCUGCUCCAUAAGUCAGGUAGUGCAACGGAUCCUAAAAACUAUAGACCGAUUACUUGGUUACCGACGGUCUAUAAGCUCCUUACCUCCAUUCUGAGAGAUAAGAUUAAUAGUCACAUACAGAAUAAUGAUUCCAUUAACUUUAGAUCACUGUCCGCAAACGAAUCAUAUAAAUACUUGGGUGUGUCGGAAGCGUUAGGCAUCAAUGUGACCGACAUGAAACAAUCACUGCAGGAGCGUUUCUUUGGUCGUCUGAAAAAAGUACUCAAGAGUCUUUUGUCGGGUGGCAAUAAGGUUCGCGCCUUCAAUGGUUGGGUCAUGCCGGAAGAUACGUACAUCUAUGUAUCAUUCUUCUUGUAUAUUAAAUUAGUUUUUGAACAUUAUAAUAUAAUUGUAUUUUGCUAUUUCAGAAAAAAUACUGCAAAUAUGAAAUUUUUCGCUAUUUUCGCCGCCGUCGUUGCUGUUGCUCUGGCCCGCCCGGGCACCAGCACCUGGACUCUGGAGGAGCUCUCUGAUGCUCUCCAGAACCCCAAUAUCGACCCCGCACUCGUGCCCAUCUUGGAACAUGCUUUAAAUGAACUCGUAUCUGCCCUUCACAACGGAGAACAAUUAGAAAGCAUCUUCGUGCCCCUGCCCGCUGAUGUCUCCAUUGUGCCUAGUCCUGUUGUUCCCGCCCCCGUUGUCCCCAGCCCCGCUGCAUCCAGCCCUCUUGUGCAGAUCAUCGUCAACGUCAAAAGUCAGCAACAGGUCGCUGAGGCCCCUGUAGACCCCACACCAGUGUUGGUUCAUGAAUCAGGCGAUGAACCUAAUGAGGAACCCAUUAUUAUUUUUCCUUUACCAACCACAGUUAACCCCUUCGACGCCAUCGCUGUGAACCCUGUCGAUAUGGUGACUGAUGUCGGUACCGCUCCCCCGGCUAACGUUCCCGGACCAGACUUCAACCCUAUCGACGUCAUCGCCGUCAACCCCAUCGAAGAAGAUACGUACAUCUAUGUAUCAUUCUUCUUGUAUAUUAAAUUAGUUUUUGAACAUUAUAAUAUAAUUGUAUUUUGCUAUUUCAGAAAAAAUACUGCAAAUAUGAAAUUUUUCGCUAUUUUCGCCGCCGUCGUUGCUGUUGCUCUGGCCCGCCCGGGCACCAGCACCUGGACUCUGGAGGAGCUCUCUGAUGCUCUCCAGAACCCCAAUAUCGACCCCGCACUCGUGCCCAUCUUGGAACAUGCUUUAAAUGAACUCGUAUCUGCCCUUCACAACGGAGAACAAUUAGAAAGCAUCUUCGUGCCCCUGCCCGCUGAUGUCUCCAUUGUGCCUAGUCCUGUUGUUCCCGCCCCCGUUGUCCCCAGCCCCGCUGCAUCCAGCCCUCUUGUGCAGAUCAUCGUCAACGUCAAAAGUCAGCAACAGGUCGCUGAGGCCCCUGUAGACCCCACACCAGUGUUGGUUCAUGAAUCAGGCGAUGAACCUAAUGAGGAACCCAUUAUUAUUUUUCCUUUACCAACCACAGUUAACCCCUUCGACGCCAUCGCUGUGAACCCUGUCGAUAUGUGAGGCCCUGUUGGUCCUAUGCCUGUCAUUGACAGCGGAGAUGUCGGACCUAUGUAAAUUAAAAUGUAUUUAGCUAUUGGCGAAUAUGUAUGUAUAUAACAACU